AUGUUAGGCUUGAUUUCACUACCAUACGAGGUCUUGGCGAACAUCAUCGGUAAUGUUGACUUUGACGAUGUGUUCAAUCUUGCUCGUACGUGUCGGAGUUUCAUGUUUCUGAUCACUGAAGAGAGUCUCUGCAAGAAAAUUGUGCAGAGUAAAAUCGCUUUCUCGUCAGAAGCCAUCAAAGCCAACUCUGUCCCUGGCGGAUAUGCGUCCGCUUUACGUGGUAUAGCAAAGAGGCGUCAUGCUCUUGCUAAUGUGGAUCCAUUCACUGUCGCUACAGUGGGCUUCUGUGACGCAUAUCUGUACUGUAAAGGCGUAUUGUGUUACACCUUGGACGAUAAAGUAAGAGUCUUAGAUCUCCACAAUUCUAGAGAGCAAGAAAUUGUGUUCAGCAUUCCGGAAUUACUUAACCAAGCUUUAUCGAACGUUGGGGAUAGCAUGAGCGGUAACUUUCAAAUAUUGUACUACUCGAACGCGAUCAUAUCUUGCAUAUACAGAUGCUCUAGCUCAAUUCAGACAGCUUGGUUAAUCUCGUUUAGUCUCAAAAAGCGGAAGAAACCAAUUUUGUUGGUGAGGGAGUUGGAUUCAACAGAGAAGCUCUUUGUUCGUCACAACGACGAGUAUCUUUACUAUGGGACCCAUUCGGAGAUUGAUGCUGAUGGUCACAAGAAGUGGAUGAUAUAUGGAUACAAAUUUUCCAAACGGCAGUGGUUUGAUGAGAAGAUUUACCUCUCCGAGAUGGCUGGAUCUGACAUUGGCUCGAGUAUAUGUUUUGAGUUUUAUCAGGACUACUUCUACGCCCUUUCCAACCAGACUUCGUUUGAAGUUGAAGAGAUAGACUGGACAUCUUUCUAUCAUUGUAUACGUUUCCCUUUGGAUUCCCCUUGCAAAGCAUUAAUGGAGAAGACGCAAGACAGAGAUAUGUGGCGCCGCCAACACCAAGAAGGGCCAAUUGAUGAGAGGUGGAUGUCUCUUCAGCUAGUGGUUGACGAAAGUUCAGGCGAGCUCAAGAUUGUAGAGUCUCGCAAAGAGUGGUAUCUGGGAUCGAGUAGGAGUCAACGGAACUACUACACAAGCGACAUAAUUUUUCCAGAGCUUGAAGACUCAGAUGAUGACAAUCCCGACUCAGCCGGAGAUGACUGUAUGGAUUUUGACUCGGAUAACUUGGCCCAAGUUUUAGCCAGAUCCAGAAAUGAUUGUGGCUUACCAUCAACGUCAGCAGCCUCGAGCUCUCACGCUGCAGCCAACGACAGGGCUCAUGGUCUUUUCGAAAACAGUGGAGUUUCCAAUUCGCAAUUGCUGCGCUUGAUAAAGAAGAAUAACAAUCCUCAUUAUCUGGAAGCACCCCCACGUCUCCCACAACAAACACACCCAGGCGAUGAUGGUUCUGCUCAACGAACAUUCACCUUAGCCAAGACCCGAAUACGCACAUAUCAUCUUGGCUGUAGCACUUUCUUGGACCUGGUUGAUGAUCCCGUUGUAACUGAUUACCACGGAACCCAGCGGCUUCGACUCCGUGGAGGCUCAAGACGCCUUGGCCCGCCUCUAAAAGAUGAGAAUGACCUGCUGCGUCCGCCUUCUGACCACUUGCAGACAGCCAUUAAAGAGCUAUACGUAGUCAACGAUGUUGAGUACUGGCCUCGAACUCAGACCUCGGAUGACGAAGAAUCAUUAGGCAACAAGAUAGACCACGAUCAAAUCUACAAACUCCUCAAUCCUCCCACUCAUCUUGGCUAUGUAGAAGGUACCGCUGAUGAUCGCUCUCUAGUCUAUGUCACAGGUGCAAAAGAUAAGCCUAGAGCCCUUAUAUUUGUGAGCUUUGACGCAGCUACAAGACUAAAGGGUCUGAGAAGAUAUGGCCAUGUGGAGAAGAAGAAGCAGGGCGUUGGAGAGGGACCUCAUGUUGAUGGUAGAGCUACGGCGUGCAAUAUCAAUGUCAGCACAACCGAAAAUGAAAGAAAUCGCACUGUCACGCUAGGGGAGAAGGGCAAGAGCACGGAGACCGAAGACUACGGUCCGGAAAUUAUCAUCUCGUCGACAAAUUCGCAAUCUACCCAAGUGACUGCCACGGAAGUACACUCGAGCUACGCGGCGACUUGUGACAACAGCUCAUCAAAAACACAGACCGAAAAAGCUGCAUGGGCCUGGCGAGAAAAUGCUAUGUAUCAAGACAUCGGCCUGGGAUAUAAUUUUGGUCUGGCACGGAAGAUGAAUGUGUAG